GAACUAGAAGUCUAGAAGCAUACCCCAAUCCUCCAAUCCUCUAUAUCAAUGGAGGCCACGAUCCUCACCAUAGCCUCUCCUUCUUCUUCAUCUCCCUCCCAUCCCCUCUCUCUCAAAUCCCAUUUCCGCAACCCCUUCGCCACUCCCACCCACCCACCCAAACUCGCUCUCCGCCCCUCCAAGCCCCGACCUCUCACAAUCCGCUCAGCCAUCAGCAGAACCAGGAAAGAAGAGACCGUCGAAGCCGUGAAGCAGCAGCUCCAAGACUGCUACCUCCUGGCCGGAAUCAGGUACAAAGGCCUCACAGUAAAGCAGUUCCAGGAUCUCCGCACACAGCUCCCGGAAACCACCAAGCUCCUCGUCGCGAAGAACACUCUGGUCCUCAAGGCCAUCGAGGGGACUCCAUGGGAGGCCUUGAAGCCGUGUAUGACGGGAAUGAAUGCCUGGCUCUUUGUUCACAGUGAGGAAAUCCCGGCUGCAUUGAAACCCUACAGAACAUUCCAGAAGGAGCAGAAGCUGGAAGGUAACGAUUUUGCUGGGGCGGUUUUUGAGGGGAAAUUCUACGGCCCGGAUGAGUUUAAAUCCCUGGAAAAUCUGCCUUCCCGCGCCGAGGUUUAUGCUAAGCUGUUGGGCUCUUUGAAGGGCCCGGCGUCGGCCGUCGUCGGGACUUUGCAGGCGCCGGCGAGGAACUUGGUAAUGGUGUUGCAGGCCUAUGUUAAGAAGCUGGAAGAAGAAGGAGGGCAAUAAUGGUAUGUAAUUGUAUUUUAUUUUUGUCAAUGAUUUGAAUUCUGGAGAUGUUAUGAGAAUAUGAGAUAUGGCAUUUUGUAUAUUUAUUCAUUUCUUUUAUACUCUCAAUUUGAUCAGUUAACUGCUUAAUAUUUUGUGCAUUGUUGGUAGCGGUAAUUGAUAAAUUGAUUAGAUUGGUUACUCCUUAA